UCCACAGUGCAGUAUUUUAUUUCUCAUGCGCAAAAUCUGUAACGCGUCUACUUAAACCUGCUGUCAAUUUGACAGUUCCGUAACCAAAGUGAAAGAAAAUGUACAUCAGCGAAACGAAAUGUUUGUUUUCACUACCAUUUAGUGCAUAUUUUAAGCGAAAUCCUUUCAAUUCAUGUCACUAAUUAAAGCAAUUAACAUUUCCUCUCUCCAUGCUAGUGUUAUGUAGUGCCCAGACAUGAUGUGAAAUACGUAAAAGUGGUAAAAAAGGCACAAUGUCGGGAAAAGACAAGUGGGUCCGCCGGUUUUCAGUCGACGAAACGGCGAAACACAAAAAUGGUUUCACCAUUUACAAAAUAACUUCAGUGCUAUUCCCAAUCGAUGCUCCGGAGGCAGUUACUGUUGUCUCUGUCUGGAAGCGCUACAGCGACGUCCGGCGACUCCACCGGAGCAUGUGCGCCCUCCACGCCGGCCUGCACCUCCCGCCGCGGGGCACUUGCACCCUGCCAAGUACUAGCUACUUCCGCCGUUUCCAGAAAGAGGUGAUCGAGGAACGCGCGAAGGCCAUCAAAAGAGUUCUGGAGUUCAUUGCCGAGCAUCGGCUCCUGUUCACGAGCACGGAAUUCGUUCAUUUCCUGCAGAGCGGGUACCCUGCGCCGUCUCCUACACGAGGAGCGAUCGAGUCCAUCCGCGCGGCGCUGCGGCUCUCCCCCGCGCCGCCGCUGCCGCUAGAGCGGGAACGAAGCCCACAACGCACAGACCAACCAGAGACCCGCGACGAAACAGACUUCGCAUCGAUCCCCCAAAUCCCAAUCUACGAAGCGGCCGUCGUCGAAAUCAAGCCCCACUCCUCCAACGAAUCCCUCAACUCCCUCGAGAGCCUCAACGACGACUUAUAUGACCAACUCUCCAAACUCACCGUACAAAAUAAAAGCGCUGUCAAAAAUAAGCUACCAGAUUUGAUUAAUUUUGACGCGCCAUCUAGCUCCCGCUUAGAGAACUACGUACCAAAACAAUCAGAAACUUCAUCCUUAAAUUCUACGCUUUCAAGUCGAAGUAACAGUCGAAUGUCGUUGUACAGUAAGACGUCCCUGUCUAACGUGGACAGUAAGACAAGGACGGAGGAUAGUUAUGUUUUCGAAGCCGGGUAUUUGUUGAACAUGGCGGCGCGGUGUGAGGAUAUGAGAGAAUAUCGGAGGGCGUUUGAUUUUUACAAGUCGGGGAUUGAGAAGAUGCUGAUUGGAGUUCAGACGGAUUCAGACCCUCAGAGGCGAGCCCUCAUCAAGGAGAAGACCAACAAGUACCUCUCCUACGCCGAGGAGAUCUACAAGAACCAUCUCUGCGACGUUCAGGAAAGCCUGAUACCAGAGCCGGCGCCCACGCUUCUGCACUGCCCGGUGCCGCUGUCCAUGCUGCGCCGCCCGUACGAAGAUCUAGCACUAUACCGGGUGCUAGCCGUAGUGGCUGAUACCAUGAUGCUAGUCCUACACAAGGCCGAACAGGCCUGCUACGCUAUGAAGGUGAUCCAAAAAAUCCCCAACAACCUAACAGAAUUCGACGAAUAUUUCCUCCAGCGAACCAACGAGACCCGCCAACCGGUCCUCCCAACCAGCAUACCAUACAUGGUUCCCCUCCACGCCUACAUCGAAACCAAUUCCCUCAUCUUUCUCAUACUCACUUACGCUCCGGGCGAAAAAUUACUAGACUAUAUUAAAAACUAUGCUAAGUCUAUACCAACUACGCCAGCGAGAGAAGUUAAUUUAGAGAAUGUGUUUAGUGAACCGUUGAAGAAAGUUGAGGAAGUUAAGGAGGGUGAUGAAAUUGAGGAGUUGGUGAAGAAUUCGCAGACGCUGCUGAAGAAUGUGGAUAGAGCGUUGCGUGAGGAGGAGGAGGUUAAGGAGGAAAAUGGGAGAGAGGAGUCGCCUACGCAUUUUAGAUUGACACCAAUGCCCCGUACCGUACUCCCGCCGGCGGCCGUGCGGGGCUGGGCCGCACAGAUACUUACUGCAUUAGAGAGUCUACACAACGCUGGAGUUAUUUGCAGAGACCUGAACCCAUCUAACAUCCUCCUAGGAGACGGUGGACAAGUCAUCCUCACCUACUUCGCCGGCUACCCACUAGACGUGUCCCUCCCACAACGAUCACUGUCCGUAUCGUCGGGUCGGAUCGACCUGUUCGUGGCACCGGAGUUGUACAACGUAUGUGCUGAUGUGGCUGAUGAAAGGAUAUGUGACUUCUGGAGCUUUGGAGUCAUUAUGUAUGAGCUCUUGUGUGGAGUGCCGUUGUCGCACUACCACAAGAGCGUGUUCACGAGCCACACGGUGCUGGGUCUACCUGAGGAGUUACCCGUCGAGGAGGAGUCUCUGCUCACACAGCUGCUCACAUACGACCCUGCCGAGCGUCUCGGCCGCGACGGCGUCGACGAGAUCAAACAACACCCGUACUUCCGACACACAGACUGGACACUAGUACAGAACGACUGGAGGGUACCCGGCUGAACAUGGUCGUGACAUGUCACGGCUGUGACUAGUCAAAUAACACCCAUUCUUGCGACACACAGACUGGACACUAGUACAGAUCGACUGGAGGGUACCCGGCUGAACAUGGUCGUGACAUGUCACGGCUGUGACUAGUCUAACAACACCCAUACUUGCGACACACAGACUGGACACUAGUACAGAUCGACUGGAGGGUACAGUCACCUGCAAUAAUAUGUUACUCUUUAAAGGCCGCAAAAAUAUGUGACACGCUCUUAUGGCUCUACAAAUAAGAUCGUGUCAGAUAUUUCUGCGGCCUUCUUUGUGUAACAUAUUAUUGCAGGUGACUGUACCCGGCUGAACAUGGUCGUGACAUGUCACGGCUGUGACUAGUCAAACAAUACCCAUACUUGCGACACACAGACUGGACACUAGUACAGAACGACUGGAGGGUACCCGGCUGAACAUGGUCGUGACAUGUCACGGCUGUGACUAGUCAAACAACACCCGUACUACCGACACAUCGACAUGGUCGUGACAUGUCACGGCUGUGACUGGUCAAACAACACCCGUACUUCCGACACAUCGACUGGACAAUAGUACAGAACGACUGGAGGAUACCCGGCUGAAGCUGAACAUGGUCAUAUAGACUAUAACCAUGACACGUCAAUCUUUUAAAGUAGGUAGGGUAAUGUAUUAUAAGUGGCCAGUAACUGGCCACUUAUAACUGU